AUGGCGUCCCCAGAGCAGGCUCGCACAUCUGUCAACCCGGCUUCGGACCCCGCGACAACAACCGACACAUCGACGGCCGCGUCUAUACUCCGCGACACCCUCAUCUGGUAUCCGGGAACCCUCUUGAUCGCCUUCUUCAUCUCCGGCGUCACCUACAGCAUAUUUACUGCUAAAAGAGAGGACGAAAUUGUUGAGCCAGGCGUCCGCGGUCCCGGUGGCAAACCUCUCCCCGCCACGAAGAAGAGGAAAAGAAACAGCGAUGGCAACAGCAACCAUUGGGGUCCCGACCCCUCCCCUGCCUUCAAAAAGGUUUUCGCAUGGCUCUCUCUGGCCAUGUUUCUCGUCUUUUUUGCCAAUGGCAUCGCACACUUCGUCCACGUAGUCGAGGUCUGGCCGGCACAGCGAGACGGCCAAGUUGUCUGGCGCGAGACGGAAGAAAUGAGCGUCUUCCUGAUCGGCGCGACCAAUUUCUAUCUAUACCUUUUCGUCACGAUCCUCGAAUGGCACCACAGCCCAUCACUUGUACACUUCAUUACCUGGACGCUGGCCUUUGCCGGCGAGCUGACCAUCACUACCUGCGCUCUUGCCAUAUUCGAAAAGCGCCGCGACACCCACGGCACCGCUGCGUUACGACCUCUCGACAACUUCGACAGCAAGUCAGACAAAUGGGAUCUGAUCGACAUCGUCCUGGCCAUCGUGCGACUCGUUCUUGCCUUUUGCCUCGUAAGCACUUACACCGCGUUAUGGAUCCGCAAAGCCUGGAACAACAGGGACAAAUACGAUCGGGAUGCGGAACGUUUGGGCGCGGAAGAAGUUACACCACUUCUUAACGGUACGCGGACGACCUACCGCACCCAGAACGGCCGCGAGGUUCAUACACGCGAGGCUAACGGCCGGAGCAUCCGUGGCCGCAAUGGUAGUGCUACGGCCAGCACUAACGGUGCCGUCGGGGCGAUCAGCCUCGUCAAGGACGAGUCAGCUGCGUUCUACCGACCCGAGAAGAUGCCUCACAAGACGUGGUGGGAGUAUCUAAGGGGCUAUGGUGUCUUCUUCCCCUACCUCUGGCCACGGGACUCGUGGCGGCUGCAGCUCAUCUUCGCUAUUUGCACUCUUCUGCUGCUCGCGCAGCGCUGGGUGAACCUCCUGGUGCCGCUUCAGAUUGGACAUCUCACCGAUGCCCUCUCCAAGGGCGAGGACCCAUGGAAAGCGCUGAUCUUGUUUAUCAUUUACAAGCUACUACAAGGGCCUUCGAUGCUCCUGGGCGCUGUGCGAUCCAUACUCUGGGUACCCAUCUCCCAGUACUCGUAUCGAGCUUUGACGACCUCGGCGUUCGAGCACGUUCAUUCGCUGAGCCUAGACUUCCACCUUGCUGCAUCUCCUUCUGGUACCUAUAUCUCACCAUACGCAUGGCGCAAACCCGGUGCCGAUCAACGCAGGGCCAUGACCAACGCCGAUCGAGAGGAGGAGGCCGUGAAAAACGACUCGAUCACAAGCUACGAGACGGUCAAGUACUUCAACGCUGAGGACUGGGAGUUCAGGCGUUAUCGCAACGCCAUUCGGGUCUUCCAGGAGGCUGAGGCGCAGGUCACAUGGGGCAUGAACAAGAUGAACGUCAUCCAGGCGCUCGUCUUCAUGGCUGGCAUGACUGUUGUUCUGCUUUUUGGCUCCUAUCAAGUCACAAACGAACACCGAACUGUCGGUGACUUUGUCAUGCUUCUCACUUACCUCAAUCAGCUCCAGGGCCCUCUCAACUUCUUCAGCAGCUUCUACCGUACCAUUCAACAGGCAAUGAUCUCCGGCGAGAGGCUGCUGGAACUGUUCAAGAUCAAGCCCACCGUUGUGGACUCCGAUACGGCGAAGCCCUUGACCGAGUGUCAAGGGCACAUUCGUUGGAACAAUGUUGCGUUCGCCUACGACCCACGCCAGCCUGCGCUUAAGGAGCUCGAUUUUGAGUGCACGCCAGGGACGACGACCGCGUUUGUUGGCGAAUCCGGAGGCGGCAAGUCGACCGUGUUUCGGUUAAUGUUCCGCUAUUACAACACGACAAGCGGUAGCAUUGAGAUUGACGGACAGGAUGUGAAAGAUUUGACAAUCGACUCCGUGCGGCGCUACAUAGGCGUGGUGCCGCAGGACACGACCCUGUUCAACGAGAGUUUGAUGUACAAUCUCAAGUAUGCUAACCCGAGCGUCACUGAGGAAGAUGUGUACGAGGCUUGCCGCGCAGCAAGUAUUCAUGACCGGAUCCAGUCUUUCCCUGACGGCUACAACACAAAGGUUGGCGACCGGGGACUGCGAUUGAGUGGAGGCGAGCGACAGCGCGUGGCCAUCGCACGCACCAUCUUGAAGAAUCCCAAGAUCAUCAUGCUGGAUGAAGCCACGUCGGCACUUGAUGCUCACACAGAGCAAGAAAUCCAGGAUAAGCUUGGCAAUCUCGGCCACGGCCGCACUCUUCUCAUUAUUGCGCAUCGCCUCUCUACCAUCACGCAUGCAGACCAGAUUAUUGUUCUCAACAAUGGAAAGAUUGUUGAAAAGGGCACACAUGAGCAGCUUGUCAAUGCCAAGGGUCGCUAUGCCUCCAUGUGGGAGAAGCAAGUACAGGCCGAGCGUGCCGCCGAGAAGGCGCGUGCUGCCAGCCGCAAAGCCCACAAACUCAUGCGCAAAGCCAACAUUGUCAGCAAGGGCCGUACAGACGGAACGUCGGAUGGCUACAACAGCCUCUCGUCUUCAACAAUCCUCCCUGGAGCAACCGACCAAAAUUCCAAAGCCACUGCACCACGCGGAGACACGUCGAGCUCAUCCACAAGUUCCGACGCUGAUUCUACACAUAACUAUCACGAUGAAACGGAGAGGUAGUAGACGCCGUUUUUCUGUCCCUGAGACAUCUGUCGACUUUCACCGAGCACGAUCACAUCUUGUUGCUGCGUUGCCGUCAGCAUGCGUUCUGUUGCAGGCACAGCCUUCAUUUCUUUCUUUCUCGCUAUCCCAACGGUUUUCUGGCUUUUUUGUUAUUACGAAUGUUGAAGAAUCACGACCUGCUACGGAUUCACGGAUCAGGAAGACUGCAUGCCUUAUUAUUGGCAACUUGGCGUUUGGAGUUCCAUCAGCAACGCUGCUAUUCGACCGCAAGCUUUCACGGCAGGUGGCGGCUCUGAUAGUCUUUUUUUGUUUUUCUCGAGAAGUCUUCACUUCAUAUCUCGUCUAAUCAUGUGGCGUCAUGACGUUCAAGGGGGGGAGGCAUGUAUGCCGACCGCUACCAUGGGCGGGAGAUCCCCCCUUGGACCUAGCAUCGGAUUUAUAGGUUUCUGCGGUGUUGACUACUCGUUGCUCAUCAGGACCACGACGUUACCCGGUCUUGUCUGCUGCUUUACUUAGUCCCAUCCUUGAUUAAUUUCCGAGAGGCAGAGCGUUUUCUCUCAACACAAGGCGAAGCUAUGAGGGCUUCUCUAUCAGGAGAGCCCCCGGGCUGUUAGGCGGGUUGGCGACGCCUGCCUUUUUGCUUGUCUGCCUUUCUGUUUUCUGUCUGUUCUUGUCUCUUUGUUUGGCCUCGGUGGACGGUCUGGGGGACGGCAGGCGGUAAGGGGGGAGGAGGCGGGAAAAAGGCUACACAAAUGAGCUGGCUUCACGGCUACUACGUACACAUUGGUUCUCGCACUUUCUAUAUUUUUAAUUCUUUGCUCAUAGAGGGUGCCUUGGCAGAGAGUGCUGGGCCAAUGCGAGCGUUGCAAACAAAAAGAUGAGAUGGCUGUCUUUUCCCCCC